CCACUGGAUCGAUGUUUGACCUCAAAAAGAGUAACGCACAUGACAUCUUCAAGCGUCACUUAGUGCCACUUUAUGUGAUCUUUGGACUUUUGGUGCUCAAUGGAAGAGCCUUGGUUUCAGCAACUGGUAGAAUAAGACCAUCGCAUCAAGAUUUCGCUAUUAGCGAGCUGACCGCGGCGCAAAAAGAAAAAUUUUUGGACGAACACAACAAGUUUCGUGGAAUGGUUGAUCCACCAGCAGCAGAUAUGGAGUACUUGUUUUGGGACGAGGAUUUAGCUAAUUUGGCCCAGAUGUGGUCCAAUCAAUGUGUGUGGGAUCAUGGAUUUCUCGAAUUUGGUGAUGAGUAUCCUCAUCCCGUUUCCUUCAAAGGACAUGUAGGUCAAAAUCUUGCAAGAGAAUGGGGCAAAUUACAAAACCCAGAGGAUCGCGUGACGCAGUGGUACAAGGAGUACGAGUUUUACAAGUUUAGCAAGUUUGCGAGUCCAAUGACAGCUGCUCAGUGUUCCAGACAGCCUUGCGGGCAUUACACACAGCUUGCGUGGGCAACAUCAAGAUAUGUAGGAUGUGGAGUAAAUUGGUGUGAUAAAGAAUUUGGCCCACCACAUCCCUGGAUUCCUGGAGAGACAAUUGUUACUUGCGACUAUGGUCCAACGGGUAACAUAAUCGGACAAUAUCCGUACAAGACUGGUGCUCCAUGCAGCAAAUGCGCAUCUGGUAAAGGCUUCUGCUACAAGAACCUGUGUCGGGACUGUGAUAACUUUGACAGCGAAUGUGGUAAAAGCCUCACACAAGCAAUGUGUACUUCCAGUCGUGAAUUAAUGGCUAAGAAAUGCCCAAAGAUGUGCAGCUUGUGCGAGUGCCCACUGAAAUGUCAACAUGGCGGAACAGUGAACCUUCAAAACUGUGUUUGCUCAUGUCCUUCCGGCUGGAAGGGCAUGGACUGUUCAGGGAAGGUUUGUCCUCCUGGUUUCUACGGUGAAAACUGUGAAAUCCGCUGUUACGACGCCGUCGGGAAAGACACUUGUGAAUGGCGAGUGAGGAAUGGGCACAACUGUAAAGUACACUAUAUGAUGGUUGAUUGCGCCGCUACAUGUGGAUACUGUGAUGACGGCAGCAAAAUCACCACAACACCCGCCCAAGCGACAACAGCCCCGCCACCAACCACAGCGACAUCGAUGAAUGCUCCAACAGUCACACCCGGGGCACAAGAGUGUCAUACCGAUCUAAAUUCUCAUUGUGAAGUUUGGGCGGGAAGAGGCGAGUGUGAAAAAAACCCGCUGUGGAUGAUACCGAAUUGUUGUGUUAGUUGUAAACAUCAUCAGGCGCCAAAAGACUGCACUGAUGUUUCUCCAAGCUGUCCUCACUGGGCGUUUACGGGAGAAUGUGAAGUCAAUCGAGCAUGGAUGCUGCAAAACUGCAGAAAAAGUUGUAAUCAAUGCGGAGAUUGUAAAGAUACAGACGCAAAGUGCCCAAUUUGGGCUUUACUAAAACAAUGCAAGUAUGGGGACAGAAUAUCGUGGAUGAACACAAACUGUAGGAAGAGCUGUGGCAUGUGUAAAGGUUAUGACAAACACGAUCAAUGUCCCGCCUGGUCUGCGAUGAACGAAUGUAAAAGAUCCAACUGGACAUGGAUGGUAGAUCACUGUCCACGAAGCUGUGACGUACCUUCCGUCUUUCAGUUUCAGAAGCCUCGUUUUGCGGUGGAAAACAAAACGGCAAUUAUCAGGCCCCCACCACGUGUCAAGCCUACAUAGCGUGUUCAUAUGGCGUCACAAGUCACGUGCAGUGCCCCGGAGGAAAGAAAUUUGACACUGUAAGGAGAAUGUGUGUGGAGGCAGAUCGAGCCAGCUGUUCUGUAGUUUGCC